AUGAUUUUAGUUGGUCGACAAGUGGCUUCACAAAGAGUCUGGUUAUUGAAUGAUCAUGUUCUCAACGAUUAUUUUACAUUGAUCAAAAAAGAAAAUCCGAGUGUACAUUCCUUUGAUACCUUUUUUUAUGAGCGGAAUUCAAAAACUAAAUACGAAGGCAUAAAGCAUUGGACAAAAAAUGUUGACAUUUUUUCCAAAAGGAAAGUCUUUUUUCCAAUCAACAUUGUAGAAGGCCCAUUUGCUCACUGGAUAAUAGUGGUGGCAGACAUGGUGAACCAAGAACUCGUUUACUACGACAGCCUUAAUCGUCAUUACAAUUAUAAAAUUCAUAUUGCGAUAAUGGAAUACUUAGGGAUCGAACAUGAACAAAAACUGGGUAAAUCCUUCCCGGCAGAUGACUGGAAGUUUGUAAAAGGUUGUACCCCGUUCAGAAUAACGGGAAGGACUGCGAGGUGUUUGUCUGCACUUUUGCCGAGUAUUUAUCUAGAGAAGCAGCGUUCAACUUCACUCAACAGCAUAUGA